CACACAUACACACACCGGGAAACCUCCGUACCGAACUAACACGCACACCCUCACACGGGAGUGGAUAUGUUGGCAAGUUUUGGAAUUUAACCAUGGCAUGGAUAUCUAAACCAAAGAUCACUUGAACUGGUCUCCUGACACUCAGUGGCACUGUGGAUGAUGCGCUGGAUGAUCACUCAUAUUGGAGAGGAGAGCACUGACGAUCAAUAGGAACUAUUUCUCUCUCCCUUUCUCCCUACCCCUGUUCAAAAAGCAUCCAGACUCGUUCAAUUGCACAGGCAGCGGUGACUGUGGUUUUAGGACGGAGUGGGACAGGCGGCCAGCCUUGCCUCGUUUUUGAAGUUUACAGACAUGUGGCCUCCCCAGGGGCCAGUGGGUGUGCUUAACCCAGGGAGGAUGCUUCUUCUUGGGCUUCUAGUUGUCAGUGUGCCCCAGGGCCAGUCCCGGAUGGCCCCGGAGCCUUUCAAGACCUUCUCGCCGUCCGAGUGGGGGCUGACACACCUGGCCAUCCACAACAAGACGGGCGAGGUCUACGUAGGUGCGGUCAACUGGAUCUUCAAGCUGUCGAGCAACCUGACCAAGCUGCGCAGUCACAUGACCGGUCCCGUGGUGGACAACGAGAAGUGCUACCCCCCACCCAGCGUCCAGUCCUGCCCCCACGAACUGGCCCAGACCAGCAACGUCAACAAGCUGCUGCUGGUGGACUACUCCCAGAACCGGCUCAUCGCCUGCGGCAGCACCUCUCAGGGCAUCUGCCAGUUCCUGCGGCUGGACGACCUCUUCAAGCUUGGCGAGCCGCACCACCGCAAGGAGCACUACCUCUCCAGCGUCUCCGAGUCCGGCACCAUGUCCGGGGUCAUCAUCUCGGACGACUCGGGCAGCAAGCUCUUCAUCGGCACGCCCAUCGACGGCAAGUCCGAGUACUUUCCUACGCUGUCCAGUCGCAAGCUGAUGGCCAACGAGGAGAACGCCGACAUGUUCAGCUUCGUCUACCAGGACGAGUUUGUCUCCUCGCAGCUCAAGAUCCCCUCGGACACGCUCUCCAAGUUCCCCGCCUUCGACAUCUACUACGUCUACGGCUUCAGCAGCGAGCAGUUCGUCUACUACCUGACGCUGCAGCUGGACACGCAGCUGACCUCGCCGGACGCCAGCGGUGAGCAGUUCUUCACCUCCAAGAUCGUGCGCCUCUGCGUGGACGACCCCAAGUUCUAUUCGUACGUCGAGUUCCCCAUUGGCUGCACCAAGGACGGCGUGGAGUACCGCCUCAUCCAGGACGCCUACCUCAGCAAGCCCGGCCGACAGCUGGCCAACUCGCUCGGCGUGUCCGAGCAGGAGGACGUCCUGUUCACCAUCUUCUCGCAAGGCCAGAAGAACCGCGCCAAGCCGCCCAAAGAGUCCGUACUGUGUCUGUUCACACUGCGCCGCAUCAAGGAGAAGAUCAAGGAGAGGAUCCAGUCGUGCUACCGUGGAGAGGGCAAGCUCUCACUGCCCUGGCUACUCAACAAGGAGCUGGCCUGCAUCAACUCGCCGCUGCAGAUUGAUGACAACUUCUGCGGCCAGGACUUCAACCAGCCCCUGGGCGGCACGAGCACCAUCGAGGGCAUCCCGCUCUUCCUGGACAAGGACGAUGGCAUGACCUCGGUGGCCGCCUACGAUUACCACGGCAACACUGUGGCCUUUGCCGGCACACGCAAUGGCAGACUGAAGAAGAUCCUGGUGAACUCUGUGAGUCCGUCGCGUCCUGCUAUGCUGUAUGAGAACGUGGCUGUGAGCGCCGGCAGCCCCAUCCUCAGAGACCUGCUCUUCAGCCCGGACCUGCAGCACCUCUACACUCUCACAGAGAAGCAGGUGACGCGGGUUCCUGUUGAGAGCUGUGAGCAGUACACCACCUGUGAUGAGUGUCUGGGCUCCAAAGACCCACACUGUGGUUGGUGUGUCCUUCAUAACAUUUGUUCUCGUAAGGACCGGUGUGAGAGGGCCAGUGAGCCGCAGCGCUUUGCCUCAGACCUGAAGCAGUGUGUGGAGCUCACGGUGCAGCCCAGGAACAUCUCUGUCACCAUGUCUGAAGUACAGCUGGUUCUGCAGGCGCGGAAUGUGCCGGACCUGUCAGCGGGGGUGAACUGCUCCUUUGGCGACUUCACCGAAAGUGAAGCGCGCAUCUACAACGGGCGCAUUUAUUGCCUGUCGCCCUCGAUCCGAGAGCUGGCCGCCAUCGCUCCUCAUCAGGGGGACAAACGAAUGGUUAAGCUAUACCUGAAGUCUAAUGAGACGAAGAAGAAAUUCGCCAGCGUGGAUUUUGUCUUCUACAACUGCAGCGUCCACCAAUCCUGCCUGUCCUGUGUCAACGGAUCCUUCCCGUGCCACUGGUGCAAGUACCGGCACAUGUGCACCCAGAACGCCAACGACUGCUCCUUCCAGGAGGGCCGUGUCAACAUGUCCGAAGACUGUCCUCAGAUCCUGCCGUCCAGUCAGAUCUACAUCCCGGUGGGCGUGACCAAGCCCAUCACGCUGGCGGCCCGUAACCUGCCUCAGCCGCAGUCUGGCCAGAGGAACUACGAGUGCAUCUUCCACAUCCAGGGCGAGACCCACAGCGUCACCGCGCUGCGUUUCAACAGCUCCAGCAUCCAGUGCCAGAAGACCACCUAUAAUUACGAGGGGAAUGACAUCAGUGACCUGCCAGUGGAUCUGUCUGUGGUGUGGAACGGCAACUUUGUCAUCGACAACCCCUUCAACAUCAAAGCUCACCUGUAUAAGUGUCCGGCGCUGAGGGACAGCUGUGGCAUGUGUCUGAAGGCUGACCCGCACUUUGAGUGCGGCUGGUGCGUGCAGGAGCGCAAGUGCUCUCUGCGGCAGGAGUGCAGCGCACCCGAGCACACCUGGAUGCACGCCACCACCGGCAACAGCCGCUGCAUGCACCCGCGCAUCACCAAGUUGUUUCCAGAGACGGGUCCGAGGCAGGGUGGCACCAGGCUGACUAUCAUCGGGGAGAACCUGGGUCUGCAGUUCAGCGACAUCGCCAACAAGGUUCGCAUCGGCAAAGUCAUCUGCACACCCAUUGAAGAGGAAUACAUCAGUGCUGAACAGAUUGUGUGCCGCCUGGCGGACGCCACUGGGCACCCUGAGCAGAAGGCCAGUGUGGAGGUGUGUGUGCGGGACUGCCAGCCUGAGUACCGGGCCAUCUCACCCAAGCCCUUCACCUUCGUGUCGCCGUACUUCACACGGGUGACGCCGUCCUUCGGACCCCUGUCGGGAGGAACGCGCAUCACCAUCCACGGGAUCCACCUCAACGCUGGCAGUGCCGUCGCUGUCAAGAUUGGCCUGAACCCCUGCACCUUUGAGAGACGCACCUCCAGGGAGAUAGUGUGUGUGACCCCAGCUGGACUGAACUCUGGUGGAACGCCCGUGAUGGUGGACAUCAACUCGGCCGAGCUCAGGAACCCCGAGGUGAAGUUCAACUACACCGAGGACCCAACCAUAUCGAAGAUCGAGCCCGACUGGACCAUCGCCAGUGGUGGAACUCCGUUGACCAUAACUGGCACCAAUUUGGCCACCAUCAGAGAGCCCAAGAUGAGGGCCAAGUACGGCGCUGCCAAAUCCCUCAAUAACUGCACUGUUUAUAAUAACACGGUGAUGGUGUGCCUGGCUCCAUCGGUCAACGCGUCCGAGCGCAGCUUCUCCGAGGUUGGCAGCUCGCCGGACGAGAUUGGCUUCGUCAUGGACUAUGUCCAGAUGCUGCUGGUGGUCAACGAGACGUUCUACUUCUACCCAGACCCCGUGAUUGAGCCCUUCCCUGGGGAUGGCAUGCAGGAACUCAAGCCCAGCUCACCACUCAUACUUAAGGGGAGGAACCUGAUCCCACGGCCCGGGAACUUCAGCCCAACUACUGCGGUCCUUGAUCGGCUUACACCAUGUGUGCUCACCGUCCAGGACGCACAGCUCAUGUGCGGUUUGAUUACCCGGCGAGCCAUAAAGUCCGUGCGUGUCGGCGGCUUCAGCUACUCUCCAGGUACGCUGCAGAUCUACUCGGACAGCCUGCUCACGCUACCGGCCAUCAUCGGCAUUGGGGGCGGCGGAGGACUCCUGCUGCUGGUCAUCAUCGCCGUGCUCAUCGCCUACAAGCGCAAGUCCCGUGACGCCGACCGCACCCUCAAACGCUUGCAGCUGCAGAUGGACAAUCUGGAGUCCCGCGUUGCACUGGAGUGCAAAGAGGCAUUUGCGGAGCUGCAGACGGACAUUCACGAGCUGACCCAGGAGCUGGACGGUGCGGGCAUCCCCUUCCUGGACUACCGCACCUACGCCAUGAGAGUGCUCUUCCCCGGCAUCGAGGACCACCCUGUGCUGAAGGAGAUGGAGGUCCCAGCCAAUGUGGAGAAGGCCCUGGCCCUGUUUGGGCAGCUGCUCAACAAGAAGCACUUCCUGCUGACGUUCAUCCGCACGCUGGAGGCUCAGCGCUCCUUCUCCAUGCGCGACCGUGGCAACGUGGCCUCUCUCAUCAUGACCGCACUGCAGGGCGAGAUGGAGUACGCCACCGGCGUCCUCAAGCAGCUGCUCGCCGACCUCAUCGACAAGAACCUCGAGAGCAAGAACCACCCUAAACUGCUGCUGCGCAGGACGGAGUCUGUGGCUGAGAAAAUGCUGACCAACUGGUUCACGUUCCUCCUCUACAAGUUCCUGAAGGAGUGUGCCGGCGAGCCUCUUUUUAUGCUCUACUGUGCCAUGAAGCAGCAGAUGGAGAAGGGUCCUAUCGACGCCAUCACCGGCGAGGCCCGCUACUCCCUCAGCGAGGACAAGCUCAUCCGCCAGCAGAUCGACUACAAGACCCUCACUCUGCACUGUGUGAACCCGGAGAACGAGAACGCGCCCGAGGUCAUGGUCAAGGUGCUCAACUGCGACACCAUCAUGCAGGUGAAGGAGAAGCUGCUGGACGCAGUCUACAAGGGCACGCCGUACUCUCAGAGGCCCAAGGCCGGGGACAUGGACCUGGAAUGGCGUCAGGGGAGAAUGGCCCGCAUCAUCCUACAGGACGAGGAUGUCACCACCAAGAUCGACAACGACUGGAAACGCCUCAACACUUUAGCCCACUAUCAGGUGACGGACGGGUCAGCCAUAGCUCUGGUCCCCAAGCAGAACUCUGCCUACAACAUCUCCAACUCCUCAACGUUCACCAAGUCUCUCAGUAGAUACGAGAGCAUGCUGCGCACUGCCAGCAGCCCAGACAGUCUGCGCUCUAGGACGCCCAUGAUCACGCCAGACCUGGAGAGCGGCACCAAGCUGUGGCACCUGGUCAAGAACCACGACCACUCGGACCAGCGGGAGGGAGACCGCGGCAGCAAGAUGGUGUCCGAGAUCUACCUGACACGCCUGCUCGCUACCAAGGGUACGUUACAGAAGUUUGUGGAUGACCUGUUUGAGACCAUCUUCAGCACGGCCCACCGCGGCAGUGCCCUGCCCCUGGCCAUCAAGUACAUGUUCGACUUCCUGGACGAGCAGGCGGACAAACACCUGAUCUCCGACUCCGAUGUUCGGCACACCUGGAAGAGCAACUGCCUGCCGUUGCGUUUCUGGGUGAACGUCAUCAAGAACCCCCAAUUUGUCUUCGACAUCCACAAGAACAGCAUCACAGACGCGUGUCUGUCGGUGGUGGCCCAGACCUUCAUGGACUCCUGCUCCACCUCCGAGCACAAGCUGGGCAAAGACUCACCCUCCAACAAGCUGCUCUACGCUAAAGACAUUCCAAACUACAAGAACUGGGUGGAGAGGUACUACUCGGACAUCGCCAGGAUGCCGGCCAUCAGUGACCAGGACAUGAGUGCGUACCUGGCGGAGCAGUCCCGCCUCCACCUCAGCCAGUUCAACAGCCUGAGCGCACUCCAUGAGAUCUACUCCUACAUCGUCAAGUACAAGGACGAGAUCCUGUCGGCCCUGGAGAAGGACGAGCAGGCUCGCCGGCAGCGGUUGCGCUGUAAGCUGGAGCAGGUCAUCGACACCAUGGCCCUGGCCAGCUGAGAGCAGGCUGGACUCACCAACCAAGCCGGCUCCACCCGACCUGACCCG